UUGCUCGAACAUCCAUUUUUAAUUCUACCGCAACUACCCUUGUGUACGUUUAAGUUUUUGUUUGAACACUUAUACAUUUUCAUCAAAUAUGCAGAUUUUCGUCAAGACACUGACUGGAAAGACCAUUACUCUUGAGGUCGAACCUUCAGAUUCUAUCGAGAACGUUAAGGCCAAAAUUCAGGAUAAGGAGGGAAUACCCCCAGAUCAACAGCGACUCAUAUUUGCUGGUAAACAGCUUGAGGACGGACGAACCCUCAGUGACUACAACAUUCAGAAAGAGUCGACGCUUCAUCUUGUACUUAGACUGCGAGGAGGUAUGCAGAUCUUCGUCAAAACUCUCACAGGAAAGACCAUCACCCUGGAGGUUGAACCGUCUGACUCAAUUGAGAAUGUGAAAGCCAAAAUUCAGGAUAAAGAAGGAAUCCCUCCAGACCAACAGCGACUUAUCUUUGCCGGAAAGCAGCUGGAGGACGGCCGAACACUCAGUGACUACAACAUCCAGAAAGAAUCCACUCUUCACUUGGUACUCCGAUUGAGGGGAGGUAUGCAGAUCUUCGUAAAGACACUGACCGGAAAGACCAUCACCCUGGAGGUCGAACCUUCAGAUUCCAUUGAGAACGUGAAAGCCAAGAUCCAGGACAAGGAGGGAAUCCCUCCAGAUCAACAACGUCUUAUCUUCGCCGGUAAGCAACUUGAGGAUGGCCGAACCCUGAGCGACUACAACAUCCAGAAGGAAUCAACUCUCCAUCUUGUACUGAGACUGAGGGGAGGUAUGCAGAUCUUCGUAAAGACACUGACCGGAAAGACCAUCACCCUGGAAGUCGAACCUUCAGAUUCCAUUGAGAACGUGAAAGCCAAGAUCCAGGACAAGGAGGGAAUCCCCCCAGAUCAACAACGUCUCAUCUUCGCCGGUAAACAGUUGGAGGAUGGCCGAACCCUGAGCGACUACAACAUCCAGAAGGAAUCAACUCUCCAUCUUGUACUGAGACUGAGGGGAGGUAUGCAGAUCUUCGUAAAGACACUGACUGGGAAGACCAUCACCCUGGAGGUCGAACCUUCAGAUUCUAUCGAGAACGUUAAGGCUAAGAUCCAAGACAAAGAGGGAAUCCCCCCAGAUCAACAACGUCUCAUCUUUGCUGGAAAGCAGUUGGAGGAUGGCCGAACCCUGAGCGACUACAACAUCCAGAAGGAAUCAACUCUCCAUCUUGUACUGAGACUGAGGGGAGGUAUGCAGAUCUUCGUAAAGACACUGACCGGAAAGACCAUCACCCUGGAAGUCGAACCUUCAGAUUCCAUUGAGAACGUGAAAGCCAAGAUCCAGGACAAGGAGGGAAUCCCCCCAGAUCAACAACGUCUUAUCUUCGCCGGUAAGCAACUUGAGGAUGGCCGAACCCUGAGCGACUACAACAUCCAGAAGGAAUCAACUCUCCAUCUUGUACUGAGACUGAGGGGAGGUAUGCAGAUCUUCGUAAAGACACACGGAAAGACCAUCACCCUGGAGGUCGAACCUUCAGAUUCUAUCGAGAACGUUAAGGCUAAGAUCCAAGACAAGGAGGGAAUCCCUCCAGAUCAACAACGUCUCAUCUUCGCCGGUAAACAGUUGGAGGAUGGCCGAACCCUGAGUGACUACAACAUCCAGAAGGAAUCAACUCUCCAUCUUGUACUGAGACUGAGGGGAGGUAUGCAGAUCUUCGUAAAGACACUGACUGGAAAGACCAUCACCCUGGAGGUCGAACCUUCAGACUCUAUUGAGAACGUUAAGGCUAAGAUCCAAGACAAAGAGGGAAUCCCCCCAGAUCAACAACGUCUCAUCUUUGCUGGAAAGCAGCUGGAGGACGGCCGAACACUCAGUGACUACAACAUCCAGAAAGAAUCCACUCUUCACUUGGUACUCCGAUUGAGGGGAGGUAUGCAGAUCUUCGUAAAGACACUGACCGGAAAGACCAUCACCCUGGAGGUUGAGCCUUCAGACUCGAUUGAGAACGUGAAAGCUAAGAUCCAGGACAAGGAAGGAAUCCCUCCAGAUCAACAACGUCUUAUCUUCGCCGGUAAGCAACUUGAGGAUGGCCGAACCCUGAGCGACUACAACAUCCAGAAGGAAUCAACUCUCCAUCUUGUACUGAGACUGAGGGGAGGUAUGCAAAUCUUCGUAAAGACACUGACUGGAAAGACCAUCACCCUGGAGGUCGAACCUUCAGAUUCUAUCGAGAACGUGAAAGCCAAGAUCCAAGACAAAGAGGGAAUCCCCCCAGAUCAACAACGUCUUAUCUUUGCUGGAAAGCAGCUCGAGGAUGGCCGAACACUCAGCGAUUACAACAUUCAGAAAGAGUCGACGCUUCAUCUUGUAUUGAGGUUGAGAGGAGGUAUGCAGAUCUUCGUAAAAACUCUCACCGGAAAGACCAUCACCCUGGAAGUUGAGCCCUCUGAUUCGAUCGAGAACGUGAAGGCCAAGAUCCAAGACAAGGAAGGAAUCCCCCCAGAUCAACAGCGUCUGAUCUUUGCUGGAAAGCAACUCGAGGAUGGCCGAACACUCAGUGACUACAACAUCCAGAAGGAAUCAACCCUUCAUCUUGUGCUUCGAUUGAGGGGAGGUAUGCAGAUCUUCGUUAAGACACUCACUGGAAAGACCAUCACUUUGGAGGUUGAGCCUUCAGACUCUAUCGAGAACGUCAAGGCAAAGAUUCAAGAUAAAGAGGGAAUCCCUCCAGAUCAACAACGUCUUAUCUUCGCCGGUAGCAGCUGGAAGAUGGCCGCACUCUUAGCGACUACAACAUCCAGAAGGAGUCAACACUUCAUUUGGUUCUUCGUUUGAGAGGAGGACAAUAACUUCCACUUGGUAUUGUCUACUAUCCGUUCUCUACCAAAAAUCUAGAAGUAAAAGAGCACUUAAUUGGAGAACUGCAUUUAUCAACAUUUUUGUUAUCUUUGUUUGUGACUGACUUUCCUAGAUUUUAGAAUUCCUUAAAUCUAAACGAAAUUUACCAGGCUUGGUCUAGCUGUUUUUUUCCCAAGAUUUUAUUUUGGCAUGGUUUAUGAAUUAAUUGUUAACAUGAUGUAUGUUUAUUUGACCUAGCCUGGAGGGUAUUUAUCUUUCUUUUGGUAAUUUGAAUCAACAUUUCAAGUAAAUUUUUGUCCGACCAGGUUCGGAGUUUUCAUUUCUAUUAUUUUGUAUCGAUAAAAUAUUUGAUAGCAGGAAGUUGUCUUUAUCUUAUUGGUACCAAAUGUAAAUGUUUCAAAAUCUGAAUUUUUCCCUAAUUAGCAA